AGUAUCCUAGUGGGCUUGUCAGAAGCCAGCUGAGUGAGUGAAGAAGGCGGCUAGAGAAGCUGUUUUUCCUAGCAAUCAAGAAGCUGGUAAGCCGAUCUGGCCACCUGUUUACCCCCAGAGAAGGAGCAGAAGCACCAGAAGGAGCAGAAACAUCCCCUGGGUGUCGUGUUAGGGUGUAUAGAGACUCGUAAUACCUCUGAGUCCCACCGUAAAGAUCCCUUUGCUUGUAGUGGUGCCUCUGUGAUAGACAACGCUCUCCAGAACUCCGAGGCAAAUUGGUGACUUCUGGUGCCAUCUCUGGGGCUGGUGAAAAUCUGCGGACAUUUUGUGUGCCUGAGAAGCAGCCUUCUAACCUCCAGGGUAGCUGUGGCCCUGGCACCCCAAACACAGAACUUGGACGUGUUAGGCCCUGGACAAGGAGCCAGGGAGAAGUGGGCCAACCAUCGAAAGGCGACACCUCGUCCAGUGGGAACCCGGCUCAGAUGGAAAGUAGUGGAAGCAGGAAGCAGCCCAAGCAACACCUAACUGCAAAAUGUCCAGGUGGGCCUCAGCUUCUGGAAGCUACAGAGUCACCUUCUACAACUAGGCCUUCAUAUAAUCUGAGAUCUCGCCGUUCAGAACCUUCAGUGGAGAGACAGAAAUUCUUGGGACCUUCCCUUAGCACUAGCACCAUGUCCCAUCCUGUGUCUUCCUCGGCUUCUGUGCCUGGCAGCCAAGUUGUUCCGCCUGUCUCUGGUCUUCACAGUAGUGCUCCUGAGUUCAGCCUACAUGGCAGCAGCUGCACCACUCCUGCUGGCCAGGAUCUCCAACAACAGGGCACUCUGCAGGUUCCUGAUCUUGGUCAUUGUCACAGAGAAUCUGAGUUCAGCCUUGAUCCUGAAGGAGGCCUGGUUCUUCGCCCCGGUGCCACUGCCUCUGGUCGUCACAGCAGUGCUUUGGAGGUUAGCCCUGACGCUUGCCCUAGUACCUCCCACACGCUACAGGAUCCUGUCGUUCACAGCACGACUGCAGGCUGCUGUCCUGAUAAAAGCAGCGCUGCAACACAACGCACACGUCACCGUUCGUCCAUUCCUGGCUCUGACCGCCACCGAAGCCGUGCAAGAAGGGUGGAGAGUGACCCUGGCCAUAGCAGCCAGACUCAAGAAAACCUUUCCUCCUCUGGGACUGCACUUCCAAAGAUAACUUUAAAAUUAACAAGGAGCUAUCCUGCAAGCCGCCCGGUCCGUAUGCGGGCCUCUUCCCCUUCCCCUCCUGGUAGGCGCUAUCCUUCCCUUGGACAGUGUAAUGAAGGUUUCCGCUCUUCCUCCCCCGGUUCACCCUAUGUUCCAAGUCUCUCCCCUUCCUCAAUUGAGUCACAUGACAGAAGCUCCUCUCCAGAUAGCUGUGCUUCUGAUACUAGCCCCAAUGCCUGUUGGCGUGCCUUGAUACCUGACCUGGAUAACCUGGACUCUCCUGAAUCUGGAGAGUCAGAGGAAGAAGUAGGGGAUUCCCCUCCUAGGGAGGACAUAGAGUAAGCCAUCACUCUCCUACUCCAUUGGGGCUGUGACUCUUUGUAACCCCCAGGCCCACAAAAUGAGUCAGCACCUAUCUACUGUGUGAGGGUUCUAGGCUGUCUCCCUAUUCACCACAAUCCGGACCAGUUUUGAAGGGCCCAGGUCCUAGCUAUCCAGCACUUAUAAAACCUUUGACUCCAUUCCAUGCUCCUUUAAACAGCCUGGUUGUUGAGCUUUUUUUUUUGUCUCCGAAAGUUUUGUCAAUUUGUAUUUCAUGUUACUGAGCAUUUAAAUAAAAGUGUUAAGUUUUAUUUUAAAA